AUGGACGAAGAACUUGUCGACCCAAUUCGCCAGGAUCCAACACCCGUGGACGAGGAAAUACACAAGGAGGUCGAGGAGGUUGCUUGCCUGGACCCAUCCGAUCACAACCCAAAUGACGAGGCACCAAUCAUUGAUAACUCACCAAACCCUGCCGAAACUACGAAUCGACAGACACCUAGUCCAUUGGCAUAUCUUUCUCGCUCUCAUACAAAAAAGGAUUCAGUAGCAGUCGCAAUUGAGGGUCUUGUUUCCUAUCUGGAGGCAUCCCGUAAACAAGUCAAUCGUAUUGAAGAAGUAAGAUCAUCAUCCACAAGUCAACCUCGCCAGUCACCUACCAAUCUCCAACAAGCAAUUGCUCUCUAUCAGUUGGAGCAUGCAUCGGAAGCCAGCCAGAACAAAUCCUUACAAGCAUUCAAAAUAUCUCGGGACGACUUAAGCGCCCAGACCUUCAUCAGUAUUCACAACAAGGAACUCCGCUCAAGAUGGCUUGACCAACAGAUGGACGAGAUUAUCAAUUGA